AUGACGGCAGCGCCUGAGAAUGGCGAAGGUUCUCGCUCGAGGAAGAGAAGACGGGUUGUCAUAUCGUGUACCGAAUGCCACCGAAGAAAGCAAAGGUGUGAUCGCGAGUUACCAUGUGGUAAUUGCAAGUCUCGAGACAAAGAGCCAAGCUGCAUUUACGAAGCGGGAGCUCCAACGGCCAAACAGACACACCAACAACAGCAUAGCCAGCAAAUCACAGAACCUUCACCGGCUCUAUCGAAUGGCUCCGUUAAACAAGUUGAGCCAUCGCCACCGCGAAGAAGCAGUUCGCCUAAUAAUGAACCCAAGGAGCCAAACGAGCCUUUAUCAUCCAAAGUGGCUGACUGGGGUUAUGCUCACAACGGCGCGUCAACCAUGGGUAUCCUCAAACGCAUUGAAUCAAUUACCGAUGGCGAAGCUGUCACUUCAGGGAUGCCUGAAGAGUCUUCCAGGGGUUCGCCAGGGAAAGAACUUGCUCUUAGGGAAAAGUAUAAAGCCAUUAUCCGGCAAUUACCAGCCAGAAACUACAUCGAGAAACUGAUAGAAAUGUACAUGCACGGCUUCAACUGGCAAUACUAUCCAAUUGACCCUGACAUAUUAUAUGCCCAGCUCGAGACAUGGAAUUCCCUACCGUUCUCAGUGCUAUCAGAUGUCGGUCCUCGUGGGUUGGAGUCUGAACUGCGAGCAUUUCCGGCCCUUUUGUUCCAGGUCGUCGCAACAGCACUGCUGCUCUUACCCGAGCAACCAGACCCAACGUUCGAUUCGCUCAAGUUUGCGGGAGACAUGCGUUUUGAAGACUUGGCUGUAGAGUACAGCGAGUCGGGGCAGGCGCUCCUUGAUCUCUUGGGGAAGAGCCAACUCUCUCUGACCACAGUUCAAGCACAAUUUCUGAGAGCUUCAUUCCAAAAGUUUACGGCAAAAGUUACAGAUGCGUGGCAUACGAUAGCCGUUGCAAUUCGUGAUGCCCAAGAUCUAGGCAUGCAUCGCGAUAGUCUGGAUCCCAAACCUAAGGACUCGAGUGUGGACAGCAUUUUGGAGAAUCAAUGGUUGAUCCAGAGAAGGAGAAGAAUCUACAUACUUCUCGCCAUCUGGGAUCUGAACUGCGCUAUGGUUCUUGGGCGCCCAGGAACUGUUGACUGGAAUCAGGCUCUCCCAACACCUCCUGUAGAUGCACCUAUACCUGAAAAUCGCAAUAAAACGCCCGUCGUUCCUCGAGGAGAAGAUGAUCAUACUACGCCGAUUACCCGAAUCCUGUGGAAUUACAAGCUCUGUGGGCCAUUACGAGCAAUCCAGAAUCUCGAAGUUGGAGGUUCAUAUCCGAUGGAUCCUACAAAGAUAGAUGGAAUCCACCAGAGUAUUUUAGACCUCGACAAAAACAUGCCGGCUUCUUUCAGAAUGGGCAAUCCUGAUACGAGGUGGGAUCACCUCCCUGAGACGCAUUGGUAUCAGGCGAAUCGAUUCUAUUUUGCAAGUCUACACGAAUUCAGCAAGAUGGCCUUGCACCGACCGUUUAUCUUCAAUCGCCUCGAGAGCAGGGCAGAAGCUAUCCAUGCGAGUCUCAAAACACUCGAGAUUCAAAAAGUGACAUUCGAGGGGCUACCGCCCGACUCGUGGAGAAACUUUAUGCUCUUCUUCGCCAGUUUUGACGCCAUUGUACUCCUAGCAUCUGUGUAUAUCCUCUUUCCCCGUGAGCACACGGAGUUCACAGACAAAACGAUCGAGCACUUUCAGUGGACGAUUGAACGAUUCUCAGCAAUCCAAGAGCGUAAUCCGCUUGCCAAGUCCGCGCAAGGUGUGCUCAGAGCUAUCGUUGUUCGGUUCAAGAGGGCCAUGGAGAAAGCACAGAAUGAUUCAUUGCCCUCUUUGACUGACGGCUCUACAGUAGACUCGAAUAAAACAGCUUCAGGUUCCACGCCAAGAAGUUCGUCUCUAGACAGCAAUGACCUCCCUGCACUAGAUUCGACGUGGAUGUUCCCUUCGGUGGAUGCCUUGAACACGAUGGCCCCCUUCUUCCCGACUGGUGAUCUUGUCUACAAUGAUCUCACAGCAGGGCCGGACAUGACGAUGGCUCCUCUCCCCUUGGCUGAUAAUCAGAACGAAGUUGAAGGUGAUGGUCUGAUAUGGCAGUUUGGUGGGGGCUGGGGGGAUGAUACUGUUUGGCAGAUGUUGAAUCAGUUGCCUGCUACAACAGAGGCGGGUAUUCCUAAUUUCUUCUAG